CUCUAGGAUGACCCUGCUUGAGCAGGGAGGUUGGACCAGAUGACCCGCUCUGGUCCCUUCCAACUUCACCCACUCAGUGAUUUUGUGAAGUAAGGGGGUAUUUGGAGUGGCUAUUCUGUACCAGCUAGGGUAAGAAGGGAAUAAAGGGAGAACAUCCCACCUGACAGGAGCUUGGCAGACUGAAGCAGUGCACUCCAUGGAGGGCAGGGAGUUGCCAAAGAGCUGGUUGGGUGGAGAAAGUCACAGGGGUGACAGAUGGGGCAGAAGCUGUUCACAUUGUGUAAAGGUGUGAUUCACACCUGUCCGUGGUAGAGGAGAACCAGGGCUCAUUAAAAGACAUUUUGGAAUUUAUUAGUUCCAGAGUAAAAAUGACAACUGACUUUAUUCUCAUCUUUGUGAUUGGAAAGUGAUUGAUGACAGUGUAAAUGGAACAAGGAUCUUGAACUACUGUUCAAGAGUCAUUUCUUAUUUAUGAUAGAGUCUCAGUCUUAAAGUAGUCUGUAUGAAUAGGAUCUUUCAGCUGUGACUAUAAAAUUAGGCUGCCAUUUAUUUUGUUUCCAGUAUUAUGUGUUGAUACUGAACUUUGGGCUGGUUGGUUUUUUACAUUUUCAUUUGUAGAACUGAGCAUAUUUGCUUCCUAAAGUGGUAACAGUGAAAAGGAGGAGCAUGAGGAUGGCUCAUUUAAAUGACUGUCCACCUCAGCAGCAGAAUUAAACCAAGUACGUAAAAUAAACAGUCCAGAAUCUCUGAUUGGAAUUAAAAGUUGUGCCACUUCUUUGACCAGCAGGUGUUGCUGCAUUUAUUAGCAAUUGCAGAAAGGGUUUUGAAAGUUGUGAGUUGAUUAAAAAAAAAUAAUCUUUAUUCUCAGUCCUAGGCCUCUGAAGCAAAGUGUCAGACUAUAUGUGGUUCAUUUGGAUGUUGUGGUGAUUUAAUUAAAGUCACAGCCAUUGGCAUAAAUGGUUUACAUAAGUGUCCACUUUUAAACAUCCUUCAUGUUUACAUUGAAUUAGUUAAUGUAGUAGAGUGAAGAGCAUGAAAACAUGAAUCCAAAACCAAGAAGCCUAAAAAAAGGCAGACUUGUAUAUGGAUAUGCUGUCUGAAAGACUCCAAAUCCUAAACUGACCUCAUGAAUUUGAGAAACUUAAUGAUUUUUCAGCACUCUGGCUUUACAUACAGCAUGCCAAGGUAGAGGAACGGGACUCUUCAUUAGAUGUGUACUUUGUUGUGCUAAAGUAUUUUAAGAUUGUUAAUACUUUUGUUAUCAAUAGCUUCUACACAUUUGCAUGUAGAAAGUGCUGAAGUGUUUUGUUUAAACACUUAAGUACACCUUAAGUCCUCUGUAAUGGGGUGAAAAAAUUUUUUAAGUAAUUUUGUUUACUGGUGGUAGAUGACUUUUAAAUAAUUCCAUUCUUAAAAGUUGCAAGCUGCUGUGGAAUUAAAUGAUGAAAAGCUAUUAAAAAUUAUGGACAGUUAAAAACUGCAGGAAGUAUUUCUUAUGCUUGAAAGUGGGCAUUUUGAGUAGUGACUUUUGAGAAAUGCAUUCCAUUUCUGAGCGGCCUAAUUAAAGGAAGCUCUGCCUCCAUUUGUACAAGAUUACAAACAGGACAAAAUACCAAGUGACCAGCCAAUACAGUUGUUAGUGAAAGCCUAGAGAGUAUAGGCUUGAUUAACUGAACAAGCUGGAUUGUUGCCAUUUCAAAGGAUUCAAAAUGAAAAACAUUUUGAAAAUAAAUUACAUGCCUUAAAAGAAUGCAGAACAAGAGAUUUUAAUGGAAAUAAAAUAUUAAUGCUUUAAAGAAGCAAUGGACUGCAUCGCAGAAAUAAUAUGAUAGAGAAUUAUGCUAAUCCAUUUUAGGAAAAACAAAGGCCUACAAGGUAUGAGAAAUAUCUCUUGGCUCUCUGAUUUGCAUGUUGUAAAUGAACUGUGGUUCUGCCUUACUUUGAGUGUUGACCAUGUCGGUUUAUCUUUCUGUGUCACAGCUCCGUUUGAGUGCCCAGUUUUGAAUCUUCACACCAUGUUUCCACUGUAGUGCGUGAGCCUGUGAUUCUGAAGAGUGCCCAGUCGUCAUGGCUCAUACUACUGUUUAUGUGGGUUGCACUGUUCCUCAGUUACUGAAAGGUGCUAGCAGAAUUUUUCCUUCUCAUUCUGCAUUGGGAGUGUUGAGGCACUCUUCUUUUUAUUACUGCACAGUGAACGGCACAAUAAAAUCAAAAAGGAAAAUGGAUCAUCUAGAGAGGACGGCAAAUAAUUUUCGCCAGGAGGUAAUUACACAAGCGAAAGUGUGUGGAAUCACCGAUGAAUCGGAGACAGUCAAAAGACUUCGUUUGGCUAUUGCAAAUAAGGAUUUUACGUUCAAAGCGGGACAAUGGGUUGAUUUCUUUAUUCCUGGAGUAUCUGUAGUUGGGGGAUUCUCAAUAUGUUCAAGCCCUGGCCUCUUAGAACGAGAAGGAAUACUAGAGCUGGCAGUAAAGCACACUGUUCAUCCUCCUGCUCACUGGGUUCACACUGAGUGUACUCUUGACUCAGAAGUGGCUCUGCGAGUGGGAGGUGAUUUCUUCUUUGAUCCUCAGCCUGGUGACUCCCCAGUAAACCUAGUGCUGAUAGCAGGGGGUGUUGGAAUUAACCCAUUGUUUUCUAUACUGCUGCAUAUAGCAGAUCUUCAUGGAUACCAAGAGGGUAAAGGAAAUGGAUACAAACUGGGAACAGUGAAGCUGUACUACAGUGCAAAAAAUACAAGUGAACUCUUAUUUAAGAAAAAUAUUCUUGGUUUGAUGAACACGUUUCCUGGAAAGAUCACAUGUUGUUUCCACGUUACCCAACAGCGUUCACAGAUCUGUAAAGAACUUCAGCCACAUGUUACAGAGGGAAGAAUAUCUGAAAAGGAUCUAGAAAAACACGUAUCUAACAAUACUUCAUGGUACAUCUGUGGUCCACCUCCAAUGAUAGAAUCCAUAUCCAAACUACUGUCUAACAUUGGUGUUCCUGGAAACCGUGUUUUCUUUGAGAAAUGGUGGUAGUGACACCUGCUGAAAUAUAUUAUUUUUUCCAGUGCAUUUUGAUAAGCUAAAAUGUACAGAAAUGGACUAUGAAUUAUUUGGAAGAUUUUACUUCAUAGAUGAAGAUGUCCUCAAUUGUAACAGUGUUCCUUUUAAUUUAACUGUAAUAUACCUGUAAUGCAGUGCUGAUGCUUUGGGGAAAGAAAGUGAUUUUGUAUUAAAGACAUUAACUGUUAUGGUUUUUGCUAGUUUGCUUCUUCUUAUGAGUAGCAGCAUAUUUUCACUUCAGACACUUCGUUAGUCAGCUUUUAGAAGACUUUCAGUGCCUGAUUCAGCAAUUGCAGAGAAUUAGUUGUGCAGCAAUGCCAGGUCUGUUUAUAAAAAUAAAUGAGGCCACAACUUCUGAA